UCGGCGCUAUCCGCCGGCGGGCGCCGACUAGGGUCAACAUGCCUCGUUACGCGCAGCUGGUGAUGGGUCCGGCAGGCAGCGGAAAGAGCACCUACUGUCACACCAUGGUCCAGCACUGUGAAACCCUGAACCGUUCUGUCCAAGUAGUGAACCUGGACCCCGCAGCUGAGCACUUCAGCUAUCCCGUGAUGGCAGAUAUCCGAGAGCUGAUUGAGGUGGAUGAUGUCAUGGAGGACGACUCUCUGAGGUUUGGCCCCAAUGGCGGGUUGGUCUUCUGCAUGGAAUACUUUGCGAAUAACUUUGACUGGCUGGAGAGCUGCCUUGGGCAUGUGGAAGAUGACUACAUCCUCUUUGACUGCCCAGGCCAGAUCGAGCUCUACACACACUUGCCAGUGAUGAAGCAGUUGGUGGAGCGCCUGCAGCAGUGGGAGUUCCGUGUCUGUGGGGUGUUUCUGGUUGAUUCUCAGUUUAUGGUGGAAUCGUUUAAGUUUAUCUCCGGAGUCAUGGCAGCCCUCAGCGCGAUGGUGUCUUUGGAAAUCCCACAAAUUAACAUUAUGACCAAGAUGGACUUGCUGAGUAAGAAGGCAAAAAAGGAAAUAGAAAAGUUCCUUGACCCUGACAUGUAUUCUUUGAUAGAAGAUUCUACAGGUAUCUUAAGAAGCAAAAAAUUCAAAAAGCUGACUAACGCCAUCUGUGGAUUGAUCGAUGACUACAGUAUGGUCCGUUUUUUGCCAUAUGACCAGUCAGACGAAGAAAGUAUGAACAUCGUCUUACAGCAUAUUGACUUCACCAUUCAGUAUGGAGAAGACUUGGAGUUUAAAGAACCGAAGGAAUCUGAAGAAGAAAGAUCAUCCAUGUUUGAUGAAUAUUUUCAAGAGCGAGGAGAUGAAUGAAGAUCAUAUUUAAUUUUUCUAGUGUUUAUUAAAACAUGAAGAGCUUUGGGAGCAGAAUUUUACAAACACCCAUUUUUAGCCCAAGGAACAAGUGAAUGGAGGAUUCAUCCUUCCAAAGCAGAAAGACUAUGGUUAAUCCACAAUCUGAACAUUGUCACUUCCUCCUUCCCCUCAGCCCCUCAAAGAAAAGGGUAAUUUGGAAAAUCUACAGGCAUAUGUUUCCAGAUACUUGUUUAAGGGAGAAAAAGCUCUGGGCUCUAAACAUGACAUGAUUCAGGAUUCCCAUUUAGAAGAACAACUUGGAUUUGUAAAAAGCUGGUUUGAGGCUCCUAUUUAUCUGUUGAAUACAGACAAGCCUUUGGUGCUGCUGUC